GCUCCGCUCAGACUGUACACACAGCGGCUGAGGGUGAACCUAGUCACCGGCACAAGAGAACGGAAAGGAACCGAGACUUUAAAAGUUUCUGUUUCGGAGUUUACUCAUUGUUUACGGGUUUUUACCGACACAGAGGACGUUUGGAAACAGUAAAAGAGGAGCAGUUUGAUUUUAAUAAAAGACUUUCUGUUUUCGGUUCUUUUUUUACUUAAACAAAGAUGGAGACUACUUUCUAUGACGACUCCUUGAACGCUUUCUCACAGACGGACUCUUCCUUCAGCUUCAGCAGCCCCAAAGCCCUGAAACAAAACAUGACCCUGAACCUGGCGGACCCCACCAGCUCACUGAAGCCGCACCUACGAGCAAAAGCCGCGGACCUCCUCACUUCCCCGGACGUGGGCCUCCUGAAGCUGGCCUCCCCGGAGCUGGAGCGGCUCAUCAUCCAGUCCAGUAACGGCCUCAUCACCACCACACCGACCCCCACGCAGUUCCUCUGCCCCAAGAACGUGACGGACGAGCAGGAGGGAUUCGCGGAGGGAUUCGUGAGAGCUCUGGCGGAACUGCACCACCAAAAUGUGAGCGGCACUACGGCUCCGACCAGCGUCACGGUGUCCACGGCGCCUACCGGAGCCUCAGUUUACAACCUACGGGCGGAUUCUCCGGUCUAUGAGGACCUGAACACUUUCAGCAGCACCGUGACGGCCCCCAGCUACACCACCUCCGCCCCAGCUCCCACUAUCUCCUUCCCCUCCACCCAGCCACAGCUCCCUCUGUACGGGCAGCCCUCCCCAGCCACGCUGCCUCGGCUCACCGCGCUCAAAGAAGAGCCGCAGACCGUGCCUGAGAUGCCUGGGGAGACCCCCCCUCUGUCCCCCAUUGACAUGGAGAGCCAGGAACGCAUCAAAGCCGAGAGGAAGCGCAUGAGGAACCGCAUCGCUGCCUCCAAGUGCCGGAAGAGGAAGCUGGAGCGCAUCUCCCGGCUGGAGGAGAAAGUGAAGACGUUAAAGUCGCAGAACUCGGAGCUGGCGUCCACGGCCAACAUGCUUCGGGAGCAGGUGGCUCAGCUCAAACAGAAGGUCAUGAACCACGUGAACAGCGGCUGUCAGCUCAUGUUGACGCAGCAGCUCCAGACCUUCUGAGGAGGACGGAGACCAAUCAGAGACUGAUUCUUGCUGGUUUCUCCCACACCAGGACUGGGUUUGGGAUGAUGUGGCACCUCACCGACGGGACUGGGAGCCGCUCUGAGCCUCCUGAGAGCCAGGCGCCCUCCUUGUUCGUCCCACAGAGGGGACAGAAUGAUCCGGAAGGGGCACACAGGACUCCUCUACAGAUCUGAAGUGUUGUUGAUUUGCGGAUCUGCACAGAGGAGACUGUGAGGAUUUACUUUACAGACUGAGGAAGAGUUACCGCUGCCUGAACUCUGAGCUUCAGUAAAAGAACUUUUUUCUUCAUUGUAAGAAGUGACGUUAGAAAAGCUUCAAGGUUUCUUGUUUCUUUCUAAAGCCUGUUUGAUGAGGUUUCACUCAUUGUUCAUGUAAAUAAGAUAAACACUUCUGUUUGUGAUAACAUGCUCGCUAUUUUUUAUGUUUGUUUUCUGAACGAUUCAGAAAAUAAUCCAUAUUUAAGAAAAUAAAGCUGAGAAACUGAA